UUAUAAUUGAUGGUUCCUUGUUUUCUCUUAAAAUCAAAAUGAAACCUCUCUCACUCUAACAUCUCUUUCUCUCCCUAAAUCCCAUCUAAUCCAAAUGCCUACCACACUUCACCACAGUUUGAAGCUCCUCGCCAGCCACUGCACCACCACCGCCACUCACAGCCCUACUGCCAGCCCCGUCUUUCGCCGUCGCCGCCGCAAGACUCUCCGCAUGCUCCUCCUCCACGACCCGCCGGAAUCCGCCGACAGCCACGUCAGGGUCCGCUCCAGGCUGAAGGAUUUGCUCCUCUCCUCGCCGCCCCCGCCGUCGCCGAUCACAAAACGCCAAGAGUUCGGCAGCUUGCUCCCGUCUGUCUCCGUCGGCGUCGGUUACCGAUCCCGGACUGGCUGUAGACUGCUGCGCGGUAGCGCCGCUGCGGUGCCGGUUUCGUUCCGGCGCCGAUUGUUGAGAAGAGCGUGGCGGCCGGUGCUGCUGUCUAUCCCUGAGUAGUCCCUCACUGUUAUUGUGUUGAAAUUUUAUUUCUUUUAUUAUUAGUUAUUAUAUUUAUUACUGUUAUUUUUAUAUUUUCAUAAUUUAUUUUUUAUCUAUUGUGUGUAUGUGUAAUUAUUUUUAAUUAUUGUUGCCGUCACUACGCUGGUGUGCUCGAGUGUGAAAUUGAGUGAACGGCGGUGCGAAGUUGUCGAAUUUAGAAAUAUAGUUCUUUUUAUCUGA